CGACAGAGGGCUGUGUAAGACUGAGCAUGCGCACAAUCUAUUAUGACACCCUGGCUUCUGCUGUCACAACGUUGAGGGGCACACUGACUGCUGUGUGGACGAUGACUCCAGGGCCGUAGAGACUGGUCUGUCUGGAAGAGAAAAAUGAGAAUGCCAUGGAAAACCAGCUAAUGAGGUCCCACUAUAACUGACUGAGGAGCUGCAGAAACCCUAGGUACCAUUCAGCUUGUCAUCAUGCAGUGUGAGGAAAAGAAAAGAAGAAAAAUAAGUCUGAGUUCCAGAGGGUCAUCAGAUGAAUAUUGCCUCAGAGAGCGGCCGAGAGAUGAGGAGACAAAAAUGAAGAAUAAAAUGUCUUGUACACUUGGGAUGGAUGGGAAAAAGAAAAUGUGGAGCUGGGAUCAGUAUUUGGAGGAACAGAAGGCCAUAGCAGCACCAGUGAAACUGUUUACAGAGCAACAGUCUUUUCCACAGUGCAGAAAUGGCUUUAAAGUCGGAAUGAGAUUAGAAGGCAUUGACCCACUUCACCCAUCUAUGUUUUGUGUCCUAUCGGUCGCAGAAGUGAUUGGCUAUCGCUUUCGCCUGCACUUUGAUGGGUUUUCCGAUUGCUAUGACUUCUGGGUGAAUGCCGAUUCUCCUGAUAUCCGGCCUGCAGGGUGGUGUGAAACAACAGGGCGCAGACUUCACCCCCCGAAAGGUUGCAAGGAGGAUGACUUUAACUGGUCAAAGUAUCUAGAGGCUUGUAAUGCUCAGGCUGCACCAAAGAACCUGUUUAAGAACCAAAAUACUACUGUGACACCAUCACAGUUUGAAGCUGGUAUGAAGCUGGAAGCUGUCGACAGGAAGAACCCUUGCUUGGUCUGUGUCGCGACUGUAGCAGAUGUGGUGGACCAUCGCUUUCUCGUUCACUUUGAUAACUGGGAUGAUACGUAUGAUUACUGGUGCGAUUCCAGUAGUCCUCACAGAUAUCCCAAUCCGGAAAAUUUCAAAUGGGAAGAAUAUUUAGAAGAUACUGGCUCUUCUGCUGUUCCUAGCAAGGCUUUUAAUGUGAAACCACCUCAUAAGUUUAGAGUGAAUAUGAAGUUGGAAGCUGUGGAUAAGAGAAAUCCUAUGUUGAUAAGGGUUGCUACUAUAAUAGACACUGAAGACUACAAGAUAAAGGUGCAUUUCGAUGGCUGGCAUCACAAAUUUGAUUUCUGGGCAGAUUCUGACUCUACAGAUAUUCAUCCUGUUGGGUGGUGUGCCAGGACUGGUCAUCCUUUGGAAAUGCCACUCAGACCAGCAGACCUCAAGAUCUCAACAACACAGGGAGUUUGCCCUACACCCGGGUGUCGAGGGGUUGGCCACAUCAAAGGGGCACGAUACACUGGACACCAUAGUGCCUUCGGCUGUCCUUACUCGGAGAUCAACAUGAAAAAGGAGGUGACACUUCAGGACCGUCUCGGGGGAGAGAAACAAAUCACCUUUGUCCCUGUACGUUUCGUUGCAAAAGCGAAGAGUCUGUACACUGCGGAUGAACACGAACAGACAGAUGAAUGUAGUAUGGAAUCUAGGUGUUCACCAUCAGGGUGUGAAGGCUCAGGUCGUUUAAGAGGGAGGUGCAGCUCACAUUCAGGAUCUCCGCUGGUCAAGAGAGAGCACAGCAAUGAUCCACCUGCUCAGGGAAAUAAGCCUCUAACUCCGGCUGUUAAAAAGGCCAAGCUUCAAAGCCGGCUUGCUCAGUCAACGAAAUAUCUGAAAAUCAAAGAAGAGGAGGAAGAUAUUGACUUGCACAGUUUGCUCACAGACUGCGGCUCUGACAGCAUGCAGCAGGCCCUGCACCAGUCUGUCUUCCUGUCAGCCAUGUCUGCCCACCCCAGCCGCGACCUGCCGCUGUGCUGGGAGCAGCACUGCAAGCUCCUGCCCGGGGUGGCCGGUGUGCAGGCCAGCCAGGUGCUCCACUGGACUGCAGAUGAGGUGGCAAGCUUUGUGCAUUCUCUCCCUGGUUGUGAGGAGCCAGCCAAGCAAUUUAAAGAUGAGCAGAUCGAUGGAGAGGCCUUCUUGCUGAUGACUCAGACCGACAUAGUAAAGAUCAUGAACAUCAAACUGGGUCCAGCUUUGAAGAUCUACAACUCCAUCCUGAUGUUUCAGUAUGCAGAAGAAAAAACAUCAGGAAACAACGAGCUGAAUACCUGAAGCAAAAGACAGCUCUCGAUCUCCUAAGCAGCCAGCACACAAAUGUGGCAUAACAACUUUGGUGUAUAAAAUAUGCUAAAGAGAUAAGAAUGAAUAGAUUUUUGCUAUUACUAAAUGACUGUCAUUGACCAUGGACUUUGGGUCCGGUGGCUCUAUUUCCCUAGUGCAUUGUACAGAGUCACUGGACACAGCCUCCACUUAUUGUCUGCCUUUAAUGCCAUUAAAAUACAGUGGCUUAUUUAAUUGCACAAAGGUGCAGUCCGCAUUUUUAUGUGCUUGUUUGCUUUUUAACUGAAGGACUACAGAGCUGACAAUCACCAAACACACUUUUUUUUUUGUGGUGGUUUAGCGUUUCUAACCUGAGCCAUCGAGGUGCUAUUUGUUCCUAGAAUACAACAGAGAAAGUGAAACCUGCAGCCUUUUACUUCACUUGCACAGUGAGAUCUUGUCUUGUGGAUGAGAACUAAGAGAUAACUAAAGCUGUGUUGUCUUAUUUAAUUUUGUUCUUCUCUGUACAACUGCUGUAUAAUUUGACCACACGUAAGGAUUCACUUAUUUAUUGUGGACUAGUUAAGUAUUUAGAAGCAUUUGCUGGAUUGAAGGAAAUUAAUAUAUUUAAGACUCUUGAAUACCAAAAGGAUUUGUUUUAAUUGUGAAAAA